AUAAGCGCAUGCACUGCGCACGCGCUCGUCGAAUGAUCCGGAAGCGGAAGUGAAGGGGAACCGCGGCUCGUAGUGAACGAAAUAAUCGUACACGCGUGUUGGCGAUUUGGCUUUAGGGCGGCAUCAUGAGCCUCUUAAAUAAGCCCAAGAGUGAGAUGACUCCGGAGGAGUUGCAGAAGAGGGAAGAGGAAGAGUUCAACACGGGGCCCCUUUCUGUCCUCACACAGUCUGUCAAAAACAACACCCAAGUGCUGAUCAACUGUCGCAACAACAAGAAACUUCUGGGUCGUGUGAAGGCCUUUGACAGGCACUGCAACAUGGUGUUGGAGAAUGUCAAGGAGAUGUGGACGGAGGUGCCGAAGAGCGGGAAAGGCAAGAAGAAAUCGAAGCCCGUCAACAAGGAUCGCUACAUCUCCAAGAUGUUCCUGCGUGGAGAUUCAGUCAUUGUGGUGCUGAGGAAUCCUCUUAUUGCUGGCAAAUAAUGAGCUGUCAGAGAUUCCAGACAAAGGCAUGGAGGUUCCUCUGUAUGGUCACAUUGAUGCUGUCUUUGGGACCACCAACCAGAUAGCUGGUUGAAAUUAUCCCUUGGAUCAUCCUGUCAGCUGCUCCUUCUGUCACUGGUCCUUGUCCCUCACAUUUUUGUUUCCUGAGGAAGUGAGGUCACUGAAUCGCUCUUGUUCCUCAGAGAACUGGCUCAGUGCAUUUCAUUUUAUUUUGCAAUAAACAUUUUGUUAAA